GAGUGGUUUGGCCCGAUACCUUCAGUUGGACGACGGACCACGUCGCGCGUGCGCGAACGGUUGACAAAAAGUGAAGGUGCGACCGCCGACCCCUGGAUUAGCCCUGCCAAACACAAUCCCCCCUGCCACUAUUACUUAGCAAUCCUUAUGUGCAGGAAGAUAUAUCCUUUCGCAUAGCGAUCAGCAGCUGGCCCCCAGUUGCCCCUUCGAGUUCACUGUGUGUGUCUGUGUCGCCGUUGCAAAUUGUUAUAAGUGAAAAAUUCCAACAACGUUGCUGCUGCAGCUACAAGCCAUAUAUACAAGAGCGAAAAAUGAGGCAAAACACGUUUUGCUGAGGGAAAAAAUACGAAAAAAGUAAAUAUGCUGCGUACGCGAGUGUGAGUGUAUCUGUGUGAGUGCCGCAGUGCCCGAGUGUGUGUGCGAGGCCACCAACACCAAAAUGCAUGUAAAAAUGUGAGCAAAAAUGGCGACAGUUGACAAAUCGAUAAAGUGAUGCAAAAUGACGAGUUCUGCGAUGCAUUCAGAGUGUGAGAAACAAGACAAACGUGCAACGAACGAAGGAAGUGCAAAAUAAGCCUAUAAUAAACAUUAGAAUCAGCCUCCAGAUGGAGAGGCUCCUGCUCCUGUUGUGCCUGCUGCUGGCCGGCAGGGAAUCCGUGUGCCAAACGGGCGACACCAAGCUGGAGCUGCUGGCCCCGCGUGGCCGGAGCUACGCCACCACCUAUGAACAGUACGCCGCCUUUCCGCGGCGGAGGAGCUCCUCCUCCUCGCCGGCGGGGGAGAUGCAGUCCCGCGCCGUGGACACCAGCGCCGAUUUCGAGGUGCUCGAGGGUCAGCCGCGAGGCACCUCGGUCGGCUUCAUACCCACCAAGCCAAAGUUCUCCUACCGCUUCAAUGAGCCUCCAAGGGAGUUCACCCUGGACCCGGUGACGGGUGAGGUGAAGACCAAUGUGGUGCUCGAUCGGGAGGGGAUGCGGGACCACUACGACCUGGUGGUGCUCUCCUCGCAGCCCACCUACCCCAUCGAGGUCAGGAUUAAGGUCUUAGAUGUCAACGACAACUCGCCAGAGUUCCCCGAGCCCAGCAUCGCCAUUUCCUUCUCCGAAAGUGCCACCUCCGGUACUCGACUGCUCCUAGACGCCGCCACGGAUGCGGAUGUGGGCGAGAACGGGGUCACGGAUCAGUACGAGAUUGUGGCCGGCAAUGUGGACAACAAGUUCCGGCUGGCCACGACGGCGAAUCCAAGUGGAGAAACCUCAUACCUGCACCUGGAGACCACUGGUAAUCUCGACAGGGAGUCACGUGGCAGCUAUCAACUCAAUAUCUCUGCCAGGGAUGGGGGAUCCCCACCGCGUUUUGGCUACCUCCAGGUGAACGUCACCAUUCUGGAUGUCAACGACAACCCACCGAUCUUCGAUCACAGUGACUAUAAUGUAUCCCUAAAUGAGACGGCUCUGCCAGGCACUCCGGUCGUCACCGUCAUGGCCUCGGACAACGAUUUGGGGGACAACAGCAAGAUCACCUACUACCUGGCCGAAACGGAGCACCAGUUCACCGUGAAUCCGGAGACGGGCGUCAUUUCCACCACGGAGCGGGUAAACUGCCCCCAGCAGACGAACGUCAAGAGCUCCUCCAGCCAGAAGAGCUGUGUAUUUACGGUGUUCGCCAGGGAUCACGGGUCGCCCAGGCAGGAUGGACGCACCUAUGUGACCGUCAACCUGCUGGACACCAACGAUCAUGACCCAAUGAUCAGCUUUCGGUUCUUUCCGGAUGGCGGAAAAGUGGCCACCGUGGAUGAAAACGCAGUGAAUGGUACUGUUGUGGCAGCCGUGGCUGUUAAGGAUUCCGAUUCGGGUCUUAAUGGAAAGACAUCGGUCAGAAUUGUUUCUGGUAAUGAGCUCGGUCACUUUCGCCUGGAAGAAGCAGCCGACUUGCACAUAGUGAGGGUCAAUGGGGUCCUGGAUCGCGAGGAGAUCGGCAAGUACAACCUGACCGUGGUGGCAAUGGAUCAGGGAACUCCCGCGAGGACCACAACAGCCCAUCUCAUCAUCGAUGUGAACGAUGUGAAUGACCAUGAGCCGGUGUUUGAGAAAUCGGAAUACUCAGCGGUGCUGAGUGAACUGGCACCCACGGGAAGCUUUGUGGCCUCCAUUACUGCCACGGAUGAGGAUACGGGGGUGAAUGCCCAGGUGCACUACGACAUACUCUCAGGCAACGAGCUCAAGUGGUUCUCCAUGGAUCCGCUGACAGGUUUGAUUGUGACAGCAGGACCACUGGACAGGGAAGUUCGGGAUACCAUUGAGCUUAGCAUCUCGGCGAGGGAUGGUGGACCCAAUCCCAAGUUCGCCUACACCCAGCUGAAGGUGACCAUCCUCGACGAGAACGAUGAGGCCCCGGAGUUUAGCCAAAAGGAGCAGAAUGUCACCCUGACUGAGGACUCACCGCCGCAGACGGUUGUGGCUCUGAUGACGGCCACCGACCAUGACCAGGGCACCAAUGGUUCGGUGACCUUUGCCCUGGCGCCCAGCGUGGAGCGCCUGUACCCGCGACAGUUUGCCCUCGAUGCGUUGACGGGCCAAUUAACGAUGCGCCAGCCUCUGGAUCGUGAGAAAAUGUCGCGCUACGAGAUCCCCGUGAUUGCCCGCGACCAGGGAGCACCCACGCCCCAGUCGGCGACGGCCACCGUUUUCCUGAAUGUGGCCGAUGUAAAUGAUAACGAUCCCCAGUUUUAUCCCAGGCACUACAUCUACACGCUCACCGAUGAAGAUAUCAAUUCCGGCCAGGGGGAGGGGGCGGACGUUCGGGUGGCUAAGGAGAAGACCCUGAUCCAAGUCACGGCCUCAGAUAAAGACGAUGGCGAUAAUGCCUUAAUUGAGUACCGACUCGAGUCAGGUGGCGAGGGCCUCUUCCAGCUGGACGCCCGAUCGGGUGCCAUCAGCCUGCGUGGCGAUGGAGCUUCACGCUCAUCGAUGAAGCCCCACUACAAGCUCCAGAUCUCAGCACGGGAUGCCGGGCAGCGGAGGAGCCCCCGCGACGCCAUUGUGGAAAUUGUGCUCAAGUCCAAGGCGGAGAUGCUCAAAUGCGGUCAGGGGCCAGCUGGCUAUGAGUUCCAGAUGGUCGAGGAUCACGAGCAGCGGCGGAACAGCCCAGCGAACCGCGAGGUGGGCAUCGUGCAGGUGAAGCCCACGAAUGGAAAGCUAGACCCGGCGAUCGCAUACGACAUCAUCCAAGGCGACAGGAACCAGAACUUCCAAAUCGAUCCGAGAAGUGGUCGCAUCACCACCUCGAGAUCUCUGGAUCGCGAGGAGCAGUCUCACUAUCGGCUGACCAUCUUGGCCAGCUCCAGUUCCAGUUCCCCCAUCGUUUCAUAUGGCCUGUGCAGCGUGAGCAUAACCAUCAUCGAUCUGAACGAUAAUGCACCCGUUUUCGCCCUGGAUCGCGACUCUGAGCCCACGAUCUGGCUGCCUGAGAAUGCAGCUGUGGGUCAGGAGAUCUACCUAUCUAGGGUCAGGGACAGGGACGCAGGUGUCAAUAGCAGGAUCAGCUAUAGCCUGACCAACAAUCCCGAUCAGCAGUUCCGCAUUGGACCAGUCACGGGUGUACUGUACCUCCAAAGGCCCAUAAGAGCGGAACCUGGAUCCCAAAUCCACGUGGAACUCAUGGCCACGGAUGCGGGAAGUCCGCCGCUCUCCAGUAAGUUGAGUCUGUCGGUUUACAUAGCCGAUGUCAAUGAUCACACGCCCGUUUUCGACCACACCUCCUACGAGACUUCCCUCCCAGAAACCACGAAGGUUAAUACCCGAUUUUUCGCCCUCGCCGCUACGGAUAUUGAUUUGGGCGAUAAUGGUCGCAUUUCCUACGAGAUCAUCGAGGGCAACACUGAGCGCAUGUUCGGGGUGUUUCCCGAUGGCUUUCUCUUCGUGAGGGCUCCGCUUGACAGAGAGGAAAGGGACUACUAUGCUCUGACAGUUUCUUGCCGGGAUGCCGGUCGUCCCUCCAGAUCUUCGGUUGUCCCAGUGGUUAUUCAUGUGAUCGAUGAAAACGACAACGCACCGCAGUUUACCAAUAGCACUUUCACGUUUAGCAUUCCGGAGAAUGCACCUGCUGACACCUUUGUGGGUAAACUCACCGCCGUGGAUAGAGAUAUUGGAAGGAAUGCCGAGCUCAGCUUUACGCUCUCUAGCCAAACGACGGACUUCACCAUAGAUACCAGAAAUGGUUUCAUCAAGACACUACGACCCUUUGAUCGCGAGGCCCUGGUGAAGCUCAGUCGUAACACAGAGGCGGGUGGAGAAGAGGGGACCCUCAGGGGCUCCUUCACUGGAAACUUUAUGCUGCUGGAGGCCACCGUGUCGGAUAAUGGCAGUCCUCGCUUGCAGGACAAGGUCAAGGUUAAGGUGAUCGUCACCGAUGUGAACGAUAAUGCCCCCGAGUUCCUGAGAGCCCCCUAUCACGUGACCAUUUCCGAGGGCGCCUCUGAGGGAACGCACAUAACCCAUGUCUUCACCCAGGAUGCGGAUGAGGGUCUGAAUGGAGAUGUGUACUACACCUUGGCCAAGGGCAAUGAGGCUGGUCAAUUCACUCUAGACAGCGCCACAGGUCAGUUGUCCCUAGCACGCAGACUGGAUCGGGAAUCCCAGGAUAUUCAUCACCUGAUCGUCGUGGCCCGGGACGCUGCACUGAAGCACCCGCUGAGCUCCAAUGCCAGUAUAACCAUUGUGGUUCUGGACGAGAACGACAACGCCCCUGAGUUCACCCAAUCUAGCAGUGAGGUCUCCGUUCUGGAGACGAGUCCUACGGGCACGGAGUUGAUGAGAUUCAGGGCCAGCGAUGCGGAUCAGGGUGUAAACAGCCAGGUGGUCUUCAGCAUUUCGGCGGGCAAUCGCAGGGACACCUUCCACAUCGACAGCAUAACAGGAAGCCUCUAUCUGCACAAGCCCCUGGACUACGAGGACAUAACCAGCUACACCCUCAACAUCACCGCCUCUGACUGUGGUACCCCAUCCCUCUCCACCACUGUUUUGUACAACGUCCUCGUGGUGGAUGACAAUGACAAUCCCCCGAUCUUCCCCAGCACCGCAAUUGUAAGACAAAUCAAGGAGGGCAUUCCCCUGAAGACACCCAUUGUUACAGUGACCGCCGAUGAUCCGGAUUCGGGUCUUAAUGGCAAGGUGAGCUAUGCCAUCAGCAAGCAGGAGCCCCAACUUUCGCAGGGACGCCACUUCGGCAUCAACACGGAGACGGGUGUGAUCCACACGCUGAGGGAGAUUGACCGCGAGUCCAUCGACACCUUCCGGCUGACAGUGGUGGCCACGGACCGGGCUCAGCCCUCGGAUCGACAGCUCUCCACGGAGAAGCUGGUCACCGUAAUUGUGGAGGACAUUAACGACAAUGCUCCGAUCUUCGUGUCCAUGAAUGCGGCCAUUCUACCACCCAAGAUUCCCAUUUCCAAGGGCAGCAGCACCACUGUGAUGCAGGUUCAUGCCAAGGACGCGGACUCCUCCAGCAAUGGGUUGGUCACCUACGAGAUAGUCAGCGGGCAGCAGGAGCUGUUCCGCCUUCAGCGGAACACGGGGGUCAUCACCUUCACGCCGGGCGUCCAGUUCAAGCAGGAGGUUCGCUACCAGCUGACCCUAAAGGCCACUGAUGAAGCGGUCCAGAGCGAGCGGCGCAGCAGCGAGGUUUACAUCACGAUCAUAACGCCGGGUUCCGGCGGAAGUGAGGCGGCCGUGCCGCAGUUUGAGCAGCGGGAUAUGCUCUCCGGUUCCGUUUAUGAGAACGAGCCCAUUGGAACCAGCAUCCUCACAGUGACUGCUCAUCUGGCGGGCGCCGAGAUCGAGUACUUUGUGACCAAUGUCACAGCUGGAGGAUCGUACGGGCAGGUGGAUCGCCUCUUCGACAUCGACGCCAAGCUGGGAAUCCUCUCCACAUCCGCGGAACUGGACCGAGAGGCCGGACCCGACGAGUACGAGGUGGAGGUCUACGCCAUCGCCCUCGGCGGACAGCCGCGCACUUCCAAAACCAAGGUCAGAGUAACCGUUCUGGACAAGAACGACAGUCCCCCGCAGUUCCUGGACACCCCGUUCGUCUACAAUGUCAGCGAGGACCUGGAGGUUGGACACACCAUCGCCACGCUGCGGGCCCACGAUCCGGACACGAUCGGAUCGGUGACGUUCCUCCUGAUGGAUGGACACGACGGCAAGUUCCUGCUGGAGCCCGCCACCGGGAAGCUGGUUCUCAAGGACACCCUCGACCGGGAGACGAAGAGCAAGUACGAGCUCCGGAUCCGCGUUUCCGACGGAGUGCAGUACACGGAGGCAUAUGCCACCAUCCAGGUGAGCGAUACCAACGACAACCCGCCCCUGUUCGAGGACAGCGUGUACUCCUUUGACAUUCCCGAGAACGCGAACCGUGGGUACCAAGUGGGUCAGAUAAUGGCCAGGGACGCUGAUCUCGGCCAGAAUGCCCAGCUGUCCUACGGAGUGGUCUCGGACUGGGCCAACGACGUCUUCAGCCUGAACCCGCAAACAGGAAUGCUGACCCUGACCGCUCGAUUGGAUUACGAAGAGGUUCAGCACUACAUCCUGAUCGUUCAGGCCCAGGACAAUGGCCAUCCCAGUCUGUCCACCACCAUUACGGUCUACUGCAACGUUCUCGACCUGAACGACAAUGCCCCCAUUUUCGAUCCCAUGAGCUAUUCGAGCGAGGUGUUUGAGAAUGUGCCCAUUGGCAGGGAGGUGGCCACUGUGUCAGCCAAGGAUAUAGAUUCGGGCAACAAUGGGCUCAUCGAGUACAGCAUCACCGCGGGGGACGCCGACUCGGAGUUCGGAAUCGACAGCAAUGGCACCAUCCGCACUCGCCGGAACUUGGACAGGGAACGCCGAUCGACGUACACGCUGACGGUCACCGCUCGAGAUUGCGCCGAUGAGUUCGCGUCCUUCGGCGAACUGGAGGAGACUCAGCUGAAGCUCAAGUACCGGUCGCCCAGGAGGUAUCAGCAGAGUCAGCAGGAGUUUUUGGCCCAUCAGAAGCAGCAGCGACUCUCUUCGACUGCGAAGGUGACGAUACUCAUCAAAGAUGUCAACGACGAGGUGCCCGUCUUCGUUUCCGCAAACGAGACGGCGAUAAUGGAGAACGUGGCCAUCAACACGGUCGUUAUCGCUGUCAAGGCUGUCGACAAUGACGAGGGCCGCAACGGGUACAUUGAUUACUCCAUGGUGGAGGCCAGGGGAGGGGAGGACAUGGGUCACUCGGAGGCCCUGCCCUUCUCCCUGAACCCCACCGACGGCCAGUUGCGCGUGGUGGAUGCUCUGGAUCGAGAGCUGCGCUCAAGCUAUCUGCUCAAUAUCACAGCACAAGACCGAGGGGAGCCCCCUCAGACCACGGAGACGCAGUUGCUCAUCCGGAUUCUGGAUGAGAACGACAAUAGUCCCGUCUUCGACCCGAAGCAGUAUUCCGCCUCGGUGGCGGAGAACGCCAGCAUUGGGGCAAUGGUCCUGCAAGUAUCCGCCACCGAUGUGGACGAAGGUGCCAAUGGUCGCAUUCGCUACUCCAUAGUGUUGGGCGACCAGAACCACGACUUUAGCAUCAGCGAGGACACGGGAGUGGUGCGGGUGGCCAAGAACCUGAACUACGAACGACUCUCCCGCUACUCCCUGACCGUUCGCGCCGAGGACUGCGCCUUGGAGAAUCCAGCCGGCGAUACGGCGGAGCUGACCAUCAAUAUCCUGGAUAUAAAUGACAAUAGACCCACGUUCCUGGACUCUCCGUACCUGGCGCGCGUCAUGGAGAACACUGUACCGCCAAACGGCGGAUAUGUGCUCACGGUGAAUGCCUACGAUGCGGACACUCCACCCCUGAACUCCCAGGUUCGCUACUUCCUCAAAGAGGGGGAUAGUGAUCUCUUCCGCAUCAAUGCCUCCUCUGGGGAUAUUGCCCUGCUCAAGCCCCUGGAUCGCGAACAGCAGAACGAGUAUACGCUGACCCUAGUGGCCAUGGACACUGGGUCGCCACCACUUACAGGCACGGGAAUUGUGCGAGUGGAGGUGCAGGACAUCAACGACAAUGAUCCGGUAUUCGAACUGCAGUCCUAUCACGCCACUGUCCGCGAGAAUUUGCCUCCGGGCACCCAUGUCCUGCAGCCCAAAGCCACUGACAAGGACGAAGGACUGAACGCCAAGCUGCGGUUUAACCUGCUAGGGGAGUACAUGAAUCGGUUCCACAUAGACUCCGAGACGGGAGAGAUUACGACAGCCAUAUCCCUGGACCGUGAAGAGAACGCCGUGUACUACCUAACACUAAUGGCGCAGGAUAGCUCCGUUACGGAGCCCCGCGCCUCGUCCGUAAACCUGACAAUCAGUGUAUCCGACGUCAACGACAAUGUUCCCAAAUUUGACUCUACCACUUACAAAGUGACAGUUCCGGACAGGAUCAGCACGGGGGAGUUCGUGUUUGGAGCACGGGCCUUGGACUUGGAUGAGGGCAAGAAUGCUGUGAUCCACUACACCAUCAGUGGGCGAGAUCAGCAGUACUUCAAUAUUAACUCUAAAACGGGUGUGGUGAGCACGAAACUGGAGCUCAAGAGUAAGAAUAAAUCUGCGGGAGAUUUGACCUACACCAUCGUAAUAUCUGCCAUGGACCAGGGCGAGCAACCUCUCAGUUCCACGGCUGAGCUUACAGUAAUCCUGCGACCCCCGGAGCUCUUUCCCACCUUCGCCUACAUGGCCAAUAGUCACUUCACCAUGUCGGAGGACGUGAAGCCGGGCAAAGUGAUAACCAAAGUGAGUGCAACCUCGCCGAAAAAGGGAUUGGCGGGUAAAAUGCGCUACGCUAUAGCUGGCGGAAAUAUGGGAGAUUCCCUGCGGGUGGACCCCAAUAACGGGGUCCUGAGCGUGGGCCAGGAUGGCCUGGACUAUGAGCUGACACAUCUCUACGAGAUUUGGCUGGAGGCAGCCGAUGGAGACACCCCCAGUCUGCGCAGUGUGACCCUGAUUACUGUCAAUGUAACGGAUGCCAACGACAAUGCACCCAUUAUGGAGCGGCUCAUCUACAAUGCGGAGGUUCUGGAGGAGGAGUCACCACCCCAGUUGAUAGCCGUGGUCAAGGCCAGCGACCGCGAUUCCGGUGAUAAUGGCAGGGUGGUCUAUCGCUUACAGAACGACUUCGAUGGCACCUUUAAUAUCAUGGAAUCGGGAGAGAUUUACACCACAAUGAGGUUGGAUCGUGAGGAGAUCAGUGACUAUGCCUUUGUGGUGGAGGCCGUCGACCAGGGAGUGCCCCAUUUGACGGGAACGGCCAGUGUUCUGCUGCAUCUUUUGGACAAGAACGACAACCCCCCGAAGUUUACGCGCCUCUACUCACUGAAUGUCACCGAAAACGCCGAGAUCGGUAGCUUUGUGAUCCGAGUGACCUCUUCCGACUUGGACCUGGGAGCCAAUGCAAAUGCCUCCUACUCGUUCAGCGAGAAUCCCGGCGAGAAGUUCCGUAUCGAGCCGCAGAGUGGAAACAUCACAGUGGCCGGUCAUCUCGAUCGCGAGCAGCAAGAUGAGUACGUCCUGAAGGUGGUGGCCUCCGAUGGAGCUUGGCGUGCGGAGACACCCAUUACGAUCACGAUUCAGGACCAGAACGACAAUGCUCCCGAGUUCGAACACAGCUUCUACAGCUUUAGCUUCCCGGAGCUGCAGCAGUCGAUUGCCUUGGUGGGCCAGAUCAUAGCCACGGAUCGGGAUAAGCAAGGUCCCAACUCUGUGAUCUCCUACUCCCUGCAGCAGCCGUCGCCCAUGUUCAGCAUUGAUCCAGCCACAGGCGAGGUCUUCAGCAAGAAGGCGGUUCGCUUCAAGCACUCCCAGUACAUUCGGUCACCGGAGAAUAUGUACGCCCUCACUGUUCUGGCGACGGAUAAUGGCAAGCCACCGCUGUACUCCGAGUGCCUGGUGAACAUCAACAUCGUAGAUGCCCACAACAAUCCUCCCAAGUUCGACCAGGAGGAGUACCUGGCACCACUGCCGGAGGAUGCGGUCCGUGGCCAGCGAAUAGUUCGGGUCCAUGCAAAUGACAAGAAGGAUGUGGGCGCCAACGAGAUGGAUUACUUCCUGGUGACCUCCAACCUGAGUUCGAUUUUCACGAUCGGAAGGCAUGACGGUUGGAUCACCCUGGCCAAACCCCUCCAAGUGCCACCAAACUCCCGAUUCGAACUGGUGGUAAGGGCCACUGAUCGCGGGGUUCCUCCGCAGUCGGAUGAGACUCGUGUCACUAUAGUGGUCACGGGAGAGAAUCUAAACACACCGAAGUUCUCCGUGAACAGCUACCAGGUGAUCGUGCCCGAGAAUGAGUCCGUUGGUUCCACCAUCAUCACAGUCGGAGCUACGGACCCUGAUCCCGGGCCCAACGGCUUGCUGCACUAUUCCAUUUCCGGCGGGAAUGAGGGCCAGGACUUCAGCGUGGACGAUCGCACGGGUGGCAUAGUGAUACAAAAGCAGCUGGACUACGAUCUGAUCCAGGAAUACCAUCUGAACAUCACGGUACAGGAUCUGGGCUACCAUCCUCUGUCCGCCGUUGCGAUGCUCACGAUCAUCUUGACGGAUGUCAACGACAAUCCACCCGUAUUCGACCAGAAGGAGUACCACGGCUAUAUACCUGAAAACAAACCGAUCGGAACUUUUGUGUUUCAGGCUCAUGCCACGGAUAAGGAUUCGCCCAAGAAUGCCAUAAUCCAUUAUGCCUUCCUGCCCAGCGGAACGGACAGGCACUUCUUUGUGAUGAACCCAACCAAUGGCAGCAUUUCAUCGGCGGUUUCUUUCGAUUACGAGGAGCGACGAGUCUAUACCCUGCAGUUGAAGGCGAAGAACCCCGAUUCGAGCAUGGAGAGCUACGCCACUCUCUAUGUGCACGUUUUGGGAGUCAACGAGUUCUACCCACAGUUCCUGCAGCCCGUUUUCCACUUCGACGUAUCGGAAACUUCUGCAGUGGGCACUAGAGUGGGUGCUGUCCAGGCCACGGACAAGGACAGUGGUGAGGAUGGUCGAGUCUAUUACUUGCUGGUGGGUUCUAGCAACGACAAGGGAUUUCGCAUUGAUACAAACACCGGAUUGAUUUACGUGGCUCGCCACUUGGACCGGGAGACCCAAAACCGAGUGGUGCUCACGGUGAUGGCCAAGAACUACGGCAGCAUUCGAGGCAACGACACGGACGAGGCACAGGUCAUCAUAUCCAUUCAGGACGGAAAUGAUCCCCCGGAGUUUAUUAAACACUACUACACCUCAACCAUUUCCGAGGCAGCUGCGAUUGGCACAAAAGUGACAACGGUCAAGGCUAUCGAUAAGGAUGUGCGGCCGCAAAACAAUCAGUUUAGUUAUUCGAUCAUCAACGGCAAUCUCAAGCAGAGCUUCAAGAUCGAUGUGCAGACGGGUGAGAUUAGUACGGCCAGUCGUCUGGAUCGAGAGGAGAUCGCCACCUACAACUUGGUGAUUGGAGCUAUUGACACUGGACUACCACCGCAGACGGGGAGCGCCACGGUCCACAUAGAACUGGAAGAUGUGAACGACAAUGGUCCCACCUUCACGCCUGAAGCUCUGAACGGCUAUAUAUCUGAGAAUGAGCCGCCUGGAACUUCUAUAAUGACACUAGUGGCCAGCGAUCCAGAUCUGCCGCGGAACGGUGGACCGUUCACCUACCAAUUAGUGAGUGGAAAGCACAAGUCCUGGCUCAGUGUGGACAGAAACACGGGUCUGGUAAGGUCCACAGCCAGUUUUGACCGCGAAAUCAAUCCCGUUCUGGAGGCCAUCAUCGAGGUGGAGGACAGUGGCAAGCCGAAGCAGAAGUCCCAGCACCUUCUCACCAUCACUGUAUUGGAUCAGAACGAUAACCCUUCCACCACAAGGAGCUUGCACAUAGCAGUCAGUCUGUUUAACGGAGAUCUGCCGUACAAUGUGAAGCUGGCCGAUGUCCGUCCCAAUGAUAUUGACAUCGUGGGCGACUACCGUUGUCGCCUGCAGAAGAGCCCAAGCCAGAGUCAACUGCAGUUGGCCAUCCCAAGGGCCUGCGACCUGGUGACCACCUCUCACACCACUCCGAUAGCUUCUGUUCUUACUUAUACGGGUAAUGAUGGAAAGCAUGGGGAUGUCAGCUCCAAGGCGAGUGUGGCCUUCCAGAGCUUCAACAACGAGACCCUGGCCAACUCUGUGUCCAUAAUGGUGCGCAACAUGACGGCUAACCAUUAUUUGGCCAAUCACUAUCGACCCAUGCUGGAGAUGAUCAAGUCCAAGAUGGGAAGUGAGGAGGAGGUCCUGGUGUACAGUCUCCUGGAGAGUGGUGGUGUCAAUUCCAGCAGUCUGCAAGUGCUAAUGGCAGUCAGAACGGCCAAAAGCCACUACCAACAACCCAAGCAUUUGGUAGAACGCCUGAGGGAGAAGCGAUCUGCUUUUGCGGAGCUGCUCCAAAAGGAGGUGAUUGUGGGCUACGAACCCUGCAGUGAGCCGGAUGUGUGUGAAAACGGAGGGGUUUGCAGCGCCACCAUACGACUGCUGGAUGCCCACAACUUUGUAGUCGUAGACAGUCCUUCGCUAGUGCUAAGCGGACCCCGGAUAGUGCACGACUACAGUUGCCAGUGCACCAGUGGCUUCUCGGGGGAGCAGUGCAGCCGCAGGCAGGACCCCUGCCUGCCGAAUCCUUGCCAUCUGCAGGUGCAGUGCCGGCGUCUGGGCAGCGAUUUCCAGUGCAUGUGUCCUCCGAAUCGGGAUGGCAAGCACUGCGAGAAGGAGCGCAGCGAUGUCUGCUACAGCAAGCCAUGUCGCAACGGAGGAAGUUGUCAGCGAAGUCCCGAUGGAUCCUCGUACUUCUGCCUCUGCCGCCCUGGAUUCCGAGGAAAUCAGUGUGAGAGCGUCUCGGACUCCUGCCGACCCAAUCCCUGCCUGCACGGUGGACUGUGUGUGAGUCUCAAGCCGGGCUACAAGUGCAACUGCACCCCGGGACGAUAUGGACGGCACUGCGAGCGCUUCAGCUAUGGCUUCCAACCGCUCUCCUACAUGACUUUCCCCGCUCUGGAUGUGACCACCAACGAUAUAUCCAUUGUCUUCGCCACCACGAAACCGAACUCCUUGUUGCUAUACAACUACGGGAUGCAGAGCGGCGGUAGAUCCGACUUCCUGGCCAUCGAAUUGGUGCACGGAAAGGCAUAUUUCUCUUCUGGAGGAGCUCGUACCGCCAUUAGCACCGUGAUUGCUGGGCGGAACCUGGCUGACGGAGGAUGGCACAAGGUAACGGCCACCCGGAAUGGACGCGUCAUGUCCCUCAGCGUGGCCAAGUGCGCGGACUCGGGGGAUGUGUGUACGGAGUGCACGCCCGGGGACUCCAGUUGCUAUGCGGAUGAAGUGGGACCAGUGGGAACCCUCAACUUCAACAAGCAGCCCCUGAUGAUUGGUGGCUUGUCCUCUGCUGACCCCAUCCUGGAGCGUCCAGGUCAGGUGCACAGCGAUGAUCUGGUGGGCUGUCUGCACAGUGUGCACAUCGGAGGAAGAGCUCUGAACCUCAGUUCACCACUCCAGCAGAGGGGUAUUCUACCAGGAUGCAACCGGCAGGCUUGUCAACCUGCCCUGGCCGCCGAGCGCUGCGGAGGAUUCGCGGGACAGUGCAUUGACCGGUGGUCCAGCUCCCUUUGCCAGUGCGGAGGUCAUCUGCAGUCGCCUGAUUGCUCCGACUCCCUGGAACCCAUCACCCUCAGUGAUGGCGCCUUUGUGGAGUUCAGGAUCUCGGAGAUAUAUCGACGCAUGCAGCUGUUGGAUAAUCUGUACAAUAGCAAAAGCGCCUGGUUGGACAACAGUCAGAUGAUGAGGGAACGCCGUGCUGCAGGGAACUUCAGUACCGCCUCCCAGAUCUACGAGGCUCCCAAGAUGCUGAGCCUGCUGUUCCGCACCUACAAAGAUCAGGGACAGAUCCUCUAUGCGGCCACCAACCAAAUGUUCACCUCGUUGUCCCUGCAGGAAGGUCGGCUGGUGUACUACUCCAAACAACAUCUCUCCAUCAACAUGACGGUGCAAGAAACUUCCCUGCUAAACGAUGGCAAGUGGCACAAUGUGAGCUUGUUCAGCGAGAGUCGCAGCCUGAGGCUGCUGGUUGAUGGCAGCCAAGUUGGUGACGAACUGGAUAUUGCCGGAGUGCACGACUUCCUCGAUCCCUAUCUGACCACUCUGAAUGUGGGUGGAGAAGCCUUCGCGGGUUGCCUGGCCAAUCUCACUGUCAACAACGAACUGCAGCCGCUGAAUGGAUCGGGCAGCAUCUUCCCGGAGGUUCGUCAUCACGGCAAGAUCGAGUCCGGCUGCUGCGGGGACAUGGGUCAAGAUGCCGCCCAGGUGGCCGACGCCCUAAGCAUCGGCUUCACCCUGGUCAUUGUCUUCUUUGUCAUCCUGGUGGUGGCCAUUCUGGGCUCCUAUGUUAUCUACCGGUUCCGCGGAAAGCAGGAGAAGAUCGGCAGCUUGAGUUGCGGUGUACCUGGCUUCAAGAUCAAACAUCCUGGCGGUCCAGUGACGCAGAGUCAAGUGGAUCACGUCUUGGUUCGUAAUCUCCAUGCGAGUGAAGCCCCCUCGCCACCGGGCGUCGGAGCCGGAGAUCAUAUGCGACCGCCGGUGGGAAGCCAUCACCUGGUGGGCCCCGAGCUGCUGACCAAGAAGUUCAAGGAGCCCACGGCGGAGUUGCCCCAACCAGGACAACAGCAGCCGCAGCAGCGUCCCCAGCGGCCGGACAUCAUAGAGCGUGAGAGUCCGUUGAUCAGGGAGGACCACCACCUGGCCAUUCCGCCUCUUCAUCCUCUGCCCCUGGAGCACGCUAGCUCCGUGGACAUGGGUUCUGAGUAUCCCGAGCACUACGACCUGGAGAACGCCAGCUCGAUUGCACCCUCCGACAUAGAUAUUGUGUACCACUACAAGGGCUAUCGGGAGGCGGGUGGUCUGCGCAAGUACAAGGCCAGUGUCCCGCCGGUUUCCGCCUACACCCAUCACAAGCACCAGAACUCCGGUUCCCAGCAGCAGCAGCAGCAGCACCGCCAUGCUGCUCCCUUUGUGACCCGGAACCAGGCUGGCCAACCGCCUCCGCCGCCCACCAGUGCGUCCCGCACCCACCAGAGCACUCCGCUGGCCAGGCUCUCGCCCAGCUCCGAGCUGAGCUCCCAGCAGCCGCGCAUCCUGACGCUGCACGACAUCUCGGGCAAGCCCCUCCAGAGUGCCCUCCUGGCCACCACCUCCAGCUCCGGUGGCGUGGGCAAGGAUGUCCAUAGCAACAGUGAACGCAGUCUAAACAGCCCAGUGAUGUCGCAACUCUCCGGCCAAAGCUCCAGUGCCAGUAGGCAGAAGCCGGGAGUUCCGCAACAGCAGGCCCCGCAGACAUCCAUGGGCCUGACGGCCGAGGAGAUCGAGCGGUUGAACGGAAGGCCGCGAACCUGCAGCCUGAUCUCCACCCUGGACGCGGUCUCCUCCAGCAGUGAGGCACCCCGAGUGUCCAGCAGUGCCCUCCACAUGUCCCUGGGUGGUGAUGUAGAUGCCCACAGUUCCACUUCCACGGACGAGAGCGGCAACGAUAGCUUCACCUGCUCGGAGAUCGAGUACGACAACAACAGCCUGAGUGGCGAUGGGAAGUACUCGACCAGCAAGAGUCUCCUGGACGGACGCAGUCCCGUUUCCCGGGCCCUCAGCGGAGGCGACACGACCAGCAGGAAUCCCCCCACGAGUGUGGUCAAGACCCCGCCCAUUCCACCGCACGCCUACGAUGGCUUCGAGUCAUCCUUUCGCGGAUCGCUCAGCACACUCGUGGCCAGCGACGAUGACAUAGCCAACCACCUGAGCGGCAUCUACCGCAAGGCCAACGGAGCCGCCUCGCCAUCGGCCACCACGCUCGGCUGGGAGUACCUACUCAACUGGGGCCCCAGCUACGAGAACCUGAUGGGCGUCUUCAAGGACAUCGCGGAGCUGCCCGACACAAAUGGUCCCCAGCAGCCGCAGCAACAGCAGCAGACCCAAGUGGUGUCCACGCUGCGAAUGCCGUCUUCGAGUGCACCUGCGGCUCCAGAGGAGUACGUGUAAUAUAAGUCGCCAAGGGCGUCUCAGAAACCGGGGUUUCGAGACCCUGAGACCUAAGCAAAUUCCCUACCCACACCGUCUUUUAUCGAAAUUCAAGUGGUAUUCUUGGUCGCACCUAAAUGUUUAUGUAAAUUUUGUGUAAAGUUGCAACCCUUCAGUAGGUCGUAAGUAAUGCCAUUUUAUUUUGCAAUGUACAACGAAAACGUAACGAGGAUAGAUACUAAGUUAAACGAAAUGUAGAACGUGCAUACUUAGGCUAGUAAGCAUCUAACAUAUCUGAACACCUUGUAUCAAGGUCAACCAUCCUAAGGGCACUUCCGUUGAGGGUUCGAAAGCAAAACUGUAACGACUGAUACUUCCAUACAUUAACAAGCCCCGAAACUUUUAAAUUAACUUCCGUUCUGUACUUGUGUAUAUGUUUUCUGAGUGCUAUAUUAAGAUAGAUUCAGCAACAGUGUGUAUUGAGUUUGAUCGCCAUUUAAGUACAUUCUAACAUGCUCUAAUUUAUUGUCAAUCUCGCCAACAUCCCCUAACUGCCUUAGUCGUACUCAUAGACAAUUAAUUCCAGAGAUACUUCGCAUUCCUCUAGAUGUAGCUAUUCUUAGAAACACCGUGUAUAUGUAUGUAAGCUUGUAUUUUUAAUGCGUAGUAAAAUGUUAUUAAAUACAUAUUAACCAUCGAAA